CCCAUGCAGCGAUCACUGCAGCUUGCUGCUCCUGCACCAUGAUCACGUAACAACUCACACAACAGCUGCCGCUGCGGGCAGACAACGAACAUGCCGCUCCAUCUCCUAGGCAAGAAGUCAUGGAACGUCUACAACCCCGCCAACAUCGCCCGCGUAAAGGCAGACGAGGACGCUGCUGCUGCCCGCGAACAUGCCGCUGAUCAGCGCAUGCAAGAGCUCGACGCCGAACGCCGCGCUGCCAUACUUCGAGGUCGGACGCCGCCACCGCUGCCUGAAGAAGACGCUGUCGAUGACAGCAGACGAAGGAGAGACAGGCAUGGACACGACAAGAAGAGGCGGAAGCUGAGGGGCGAGGAUGACACCGAUAUGGACAUACGGCUGGCUGCAUCCAUGACACGGCCUCAGGACGGCAAUGAAGACGACGCAAAGGUCUUGAAGCUGCGCAAGCCUGCGAGUAAUGCGCCGUUGACUGAUCACGCCGGCCACAUCGACCUCUUUCCUGUGGAUGUCACGGAGGCCAUUAAGCGCGAGAAGAAUGCGGAGGCCGAGAGGGAGAAGCGCAAGAAGGAGCAGGCCUUCGAGGACCAGUACACCAUGCGCUUCUCAAAUGCAGCAGGCAGGAACGGACUGGACCAGCCCUGGUACACAGCACAACAGAAGACGGCCCGUACUGCAGAAGAAGACAGUGCACUGGUGUAUCCGGGUCUCGAGAACAAGAACGUGUGGGGCAACGAAGACCCGCGGCGCAAAGAAAGGGAGCAAGCGCGAAUCUCCUCGAACGAUCCAUUCGCCUUUAUGCAGAAAGCCCAGACCCAGCUGAAGAAGUCAAAGGAGGACAGGAAGAAAUGGACCCACGAGCGCAAGCGCGAGCUGCAGGGCCUGAAGGAUGCCCAGGAGAGGGAAGAAAGGAGGAGCAAGCACCACAAGAGCAGUCGCCGCCGCAGUCGUAGUCGAAGUCAAACCCCCGAUCGAGAGCGCCUACACAAGCACCCGCCGCGCAAAGACAGGUCACGCAGUCGGAGUCGAGAUCGAGAUCGAGGUCGAGACCGUAGAGACCAUCGCAGUCGACAUUCUUCAUCGCGACAUCACAGAAGCCGCAGUCCUAGCAACCGGACACGGCGGGACGAAGAUCAGCGUAAAAGAUGAAUUGUGAGCAACGUGUAGGCCUUUGGCAUCUUUCCGUAUGUAUCAAGGCCGGAUUCAUGAGCAUGGUACCCAAUCCAGCUGCUCCACUUCAAUAUUCCCCUUUGUCUCUUGUAUCUGUAACGCCAUGCAAUUCUCCGUUAUCUGACAGAUGUGAAACUAUCCACUAGCGCGAAACUACGCAGCUCCAGCG